AUGGCGGACCACCAUCCUGACCACUCCUCACAGUCAUACUCUGUCCAGAGGCCAUCACAACUCCACACUCAAUUCCGACAGCAGCACCACCACCACCAGCAACCUCAACACCUUCAAGUCCCUCAAACUCAGAGGAUCCAUCACCAGAACAACCGCCAAGGCCCUUAUUCUGCCGGAGUGAUUGAGGACCGCCGAGCUUUCCCCAUGUUCCGAGGCAGCGGUAGCAGCAGCAGCAGCAACAACACGACCAACGGCAAUAGUAACAGCAACGGUGGGCGCACCUUUGCUCACCCAUCCUCGUCAUUCACUUCGCGUGGAUCAUCAUCGACAAAGUCACGGACGCUGACGAUCUCUGACAUCCUGGAACGGUUCAGUGCUGCACCGGAGGAGUUUGUGAUGACGGUGCUGAACGCCAAGGCCAAGGAAGACGAGCUCAAGGCAGAGGAAGAACGAUACAAGACCGAAGCGCUCAAGUUGGAGUCAAGAAAGCUCGACAUCUCCCUCGCCAUCGAAAAACGUCAGACAUCCCCUCCUGCUGCCCGAUCGUAUGCCAGCAGCACCGCCGAUUCAAGCGUUCCCAUGCACCACGGAUACUCGGCAUACACUACCCCUGCUCAGCCCUCGAUGCAGGUCGACAACACCCGCUCGCACUACAGCAGCGGGACUGGACAUCAGGAUGCACAGGAACAAGCGCCACAACAACAACAGAAAACUUCUCACGAUCAGGCAAAUCUCCCAUCGACACCUCCCAGUAGACCAGCCCCACCCAGGAUCGAUACCGCACGACAGGGACAGCAUCAACAACUGAAAAGGCAACAACAGCAGCAACAGGUCCAGAGACACCUUCAGCAACAACAACAGUCGGCAACAAACUCUCAGCGUAUACCCCCUUCGCCCUCGACACAGAGUCCAGUCUCAGGCAAGCCAUCGGCAUCGACGUCGGGCCGUCAUCACAUCUUGCACCCUUUCCGCUCAUCAUCCGCUCAAUCCUCGCCUGUAACAAACGUCGAUAUGCAGUCUCAGAUCCCACAGCCCCUGAGCCCGGACGAGUACGCUUCGCCUACCUCUGCAACCCCCUCGGGUUCUGGUUUGAAGCGAAAGUCGAUCAACCAUGAUGAAGUCAUGGAUGCUAUCCGUGCCAAGGUCCUUCGCAACGCUGCAACAGGACAGCAGCAACAGAAGGAGCAGCGAGAGAAACCCCACCGUAAGACUAGUGGAGACUUGGCCGGACGUCGCAAGCCCCACCCUCUCAACAGCAGUAUCAACAGCAACGAUGCCAGUAGUUCUCCUGACCGAUCCAAGAGGCCAGCAACAACGUCGACAGUAACCGCGGCGGAGAACAUUCCCUCAACAUCAGAGCGCGUCGCGUCCCCUAGGGACAACGAUGCCACCUCCUCCACGUCGCCAAUUGACAGGCCUAGCCCAUCUAAGAAGGACGGUUUUGCCCAAAGUCAUGGCCACCGGGUCAUCAAGCAAGAAGAGGCCGACGAAACCUUGUUGAGCCCGCAUCCCAUUACGCGAUCGCCACCUGCGUCCAUGUCGCCACCCAGUUCAGCUUCUCGCUCCAACUCUUCGUCUCCUCAGAUGGAGUCUGGCAAGUACGAUUAUCAGCGUCAGUACCAUCGCCAAGAGCACCGCCAGAGUAGGAAUGAGCCACUAUUGGGACCUUCUGAGAGGGAGCGAGCGCGACUCGAGUCCAUGUCAUACGCGGAGGAUGAGAGGCGGUCAAGGUACAACAUGGAUCGGUCCCGUGCUGAGCGACCCUCCGAAGUUGGAGAUUUCCCCCGCCUCAAGACCGAAUCUUGA